AUGGAAGCUUGCACCUCUCAAGGGAAAUUUAAUGUCACCACGUACAAUGCCGUGGCAAUGGCCAUCAUCACCCUCCAGACAUUUGCUGGCAUGUGGAUAAAUGCUUUCAUUGUUUCUGUGCUUUGUGUUUCCUGGGUGAAAAAGAGAAGCUUUAACACCAAUGAGAAGAUCUUGCUCCUUCUGGGAUGCUCCCGGUUUUGGUAUUCAUGCAUCACCUGGGUAUUUACUUUUCUUGAAAAUAUUUACCCCUUGUGCUUAUAUGUUUCUCCCACACUCCAGACACUUUUUGGAAUUCAGAGCCUCUUCAACUUUUCCAACUUAUGGGUCUCAGCCUUUCUUUUUGUGUUUUACUGCAUCAAAAUUGCAAAUUUCCGGAACACCUUCUUCAUCUACCUGAAAGUGAGAAUUGACAAGAUCGUGCCAUGGCUGAUGUUGGCUUCAGUCCUUUUGUCCCUGAGCUAUGGCAUCUAUGUCUUUGAGGUGAUGGAUGAAGUCGUCUGUGAGAAAAUCAACUGCACCACACCGGGAAAUUUCAGGAAGCAGAGGAUGGGAAUUAAUGAAUAUAUUUUCACCCUUUUUUUUCUCAGUGGCUUCUCAUAUGCGAUUGCAUUCAUAGCAGUAAUUUGUUCUGCCCUUCUCCUCCUUUUCUCUCUCUGGAAACACAAAUGCAAAAUGCAGACAAAGUCAGCGAAGAACGUCAGUGUGGAUGCCCAUAUCAAAGCCGUGAAGUCAAUUAUCUCCUUUUUGUUAAUUUACAGUAUCAACUUUGUAUGUUUAAUCCUGUCACUGGUUUACAGGGUCAAGGAAGGAUCUGGUGUGCCAUAUUUCAUUUCACUACUUCAGCAUGCUUUUCCAUCUGUUCAUUCCAUUAUCCUAGUUUUCAGCAAUCCCAAACUGGAAAAGAUAUUGCUAAGGACCCUGUCCUGUGCAAAGUGCAAGAUCUGCAAGAAUUAG